CACUCCACCUCCAUCCUGGCUUUGGUAUGGAGGAGGGGGCACGGGCCAGACAGACCUAUGAGACUUUGGCUCCAUCUCUGCAAAAGGGCGCUCUGUGAGUCAGCCUGCUCCCCUUCAGGUUUGCUCCUCCCCAACCCAGUUCUUGUUUCCAAUGCACGUACAGCCCGUACACACUGUGUGCUGGGACACCCCACAGUCAGCUGCAUGGCUCCCCUGUGCCCCAGCCCCUGGCCCCCUCUGUUGAUCCCAGCCCCUGCUCCAGGCCUCACUGUACAACUGCUGCUGUCACUGGUGUUCCUGGUGCCUGCCCAUUCCCAGAGGCUGCCCCAGAUACAGGAGGAUGCGCCCCUGGGAGGAGGCUCAUCUAAGGAAGAUGACCCACUGGGCGAGGAGGAUCUGCCCAGUGAAGAGGAGCCACCCAGAGAGGAGGAUCCACCUGGAACAGGAGAUCUACCCAGAGGAGAGGAUCUACCUGAAGUUAAGCAUAAACCAGAAGGAGAGGGCUCCCUGAAGUCAGAGGAUAUAUCUACUGUUGAGGCUCCUGGAGAUCCUCAAGAACCCCAGAAUAAUGCCCACAGGGACAAAGAAGGGGAUGACCAGAGUCAUUGGCGCUAUGGAGGCGACCCGCCCUGGCCCCAGGUGUCCCCAGCGUGUGGGAGCCGCUUCCAGUCCCCGGUGGAUAUCCGCCCCCAGCUCGCCGCCUUCUGCCCCGCCCUGCGGCCGCUGGAACUCCUGGGCUUCGAGCUCCCGCCGCUCCCAGAACUGCGCCUGCGCAACAAUGGCCACAGCGGCAGGGCCGGCUCACUUGCCUGUCCCCACGCAGUGCAGCUGACUCUGCCUCCCGGGCUGGAGAUGGCUCUGGGUCCCGGGCAGGAGUACCGGGCCCUGCAGCUGCAUCUGCACUGGGGAGCUGCGGGUCGUCCGGGCUCUGAGCACACUGUGGACAGCCACCGUUUCCCUGCCGAGAUCCACGUGGUUCACCUCAGCACCGCCUUUGCUAAAGUUGACAAGGCACUGGGGCGCCCCGGAGGCCUGGCCGUGUUGGCCGCCUUUCUGCAGGAGGGCCCGGAAGAAAACAGUGCCUAUGAGCAGUUGCUGUCUCACUUGAAAGAAAUUGCUGAGGAAGGCUCAGAGACUCAGGUCCCAGGACUGGACAUAUCUGCACUCCUGCCCUCUGACCUCAGCCGCUACUUCCGAUAUGAGGGGUCUCUGACUACACCACCCUGUGCCCAGGGUGUCAUCUGGACUGUGUUUAACCAGACAGUGAGGCUGAGUGCUAAGCAGCUCCACAUCCUCUCUGACACCCUGUGGGGACCUGGCGACUCUCGGCUACAGAUGAACUUCCGAGCGACGCAGCCUUUGAAUGGGCGAGUGAUUGAGGCCUCCUUCCCUGCUGGAGUGGACAGCAGUCCUCAGGCUGCUAAGCCAGGUGCAGCUUUGUCUGUCCAACUGAACUCCUGCCUGGCUGCUGGUGACAUCCUAGCCCUGGUUUUUGGCCUCCUUUUUGCUAUCACCAGUGUCGCCUUCCUUGUGCAGAUGAGAAGGCAGCACAGAAGGGGGGCCAAAGGGGGUGUUAGCUAUCGCCCAGCAGAAGUAGUGGAGGAGACCCGAGCCUAGAGGCUGAUCUUGGAGAAUGCAGAGAAGGCAGCCAGAGGCGUGGGGCGCCAGCAACUGUUCCGUCUGCUCAUUAGGCCACUUCCUUUUUAAUCACCAAGUAAUUUUUAAAAAUAAAAAUUUAUA